GGCGGCGGCGAGAGCGGCGGGCGCGGCGGCGGAGCGGGCGCGGCGGGCAGCAUGGGCGGCGCAAGGAGCGCGGGCCGGGCGCUGGCCGCGCUGUUGCUGGCCGCGUCGGUGCUGAGCGCCGCGCUGCUGGCCCCCGGCGGCUCGCCGACGCCAGACUUAGACAAAAAAAAGCCCGUGGAGCUGAAGAUGGACCAGGCUUUGCUGCUCAUCCAUAAUGAACUGCCCAGGACCAACUUGACCGUCUACUGGAAUUUCGAUCGCUGUUACCAUUGCCUGCUCCAGGUUCUGGCCAGCGUCUCCCAGGGCAGGAAGGCCGGGGAGCCGGGCGUGGCAGCCGUGGCUGUGAGCACCCAGCACUGGUCCAUCCUGCAGCUGAACGACACUGCGGAGGACAAGGAAGUGUGUAGGCUGGAGUACAAAUUUGGAGAAUUUGGAAACUAUUCUCUCUUGGUAAAGCACGUCCGUGACGGAGUCAGUGAAAUUGCCUGUGACCUGGUCGUCAACAAGGAGCCAGCUGACAGUAACCUUCCUGUGGGUAUCGCGUUCCUCGUCGGCAUGGCGCUCAUCAUCGUGCUGUCCAUCCUGAGGUUCUUGCUGAGUUUGGAAGACUUUCAGAAUUGGAUUUCUAAAGCAAUCAAUUCUCGGGAAACCGAUCGCCUCAUCAAUUCUGAGCUGGGGUCCCCGAGCAGGGCGAGUGACCCCCAACCAGAGGCCUGGCGUCGGUCGGCGGCCCCGCUGCGCCUCCGCUGCGUGGACACGUUCCGAGGGAUGGCGCUCACCAUCAUGGUCUUCGUGAACUACGGAGGCGGGAAAUACUGGUACUUCAAGCACUCGAGCUGGAAUGGGCUGACGGUGGCUGACCUUGUGUUCCCAUGGUUUGUGUUUAUUAUGGGAGCUUCGAUUUUUCUGUCAAUGACUUCCAUUCUGCAGCGGGGAUGUUCAAAAUUCAGACUACUGGGGAAGAUCGCGUGGAGGAGUUUCCUGCUAAUCUGUAUAGGAAUUUUUGUUGUGAACCCCAAUUAUUGCCUUGGUCCAUUGUCCUGGGAGAAGGCGCGCAUCCCCGGCGUGCUUCAGCGACUGGGGGCCACCUACUUCGUGGUUGCCGCGUUGGAGCUGCUCUUCGCCAGGCCGGUGCCUGAGACCUGCGCCUCGGAGAGGAGCUGUUUUUCUCUGCUGGACAUCACGGCCAGCUGGCCCCAGUGGCUCUUCGUGCUGAUCCUGGAAGGCGUCUGGUUGGCCUUGACCUUCUUCUUACCGGUUCCCGGGUGCCCCACCGGUUACCUGGGGCCAGGAGGCAUCGGAGACGGGGGCAGGUACUGGAACUGCACGGGUGGCGCCGCAGGCUAUGUGGACCGCCUGCUCCUGGGCGACCAGCACCUCUACCAGCACCCGUCCUCCACUGUGCUUUAUCACACCGAGGUGGCCUAUGACCCGGAGGGCAUCCUGGGGACCUUCAACUCCAUCAUGAUGGCGUUUCUGGGAGUUCAGGCAGGGAAGAUACUCCUGUAUUACAAGGACCAGACCAGAGGCAUCCUGAUCAGAUUCGCUGCCUGGGGUUGUCUUCUUGGGCUUGUUUCUGUGGCUCUGACGAAAGCAUCUGAAAAUGAAGGCUUUAUUCCAGUAAACAAAAACCUCUGGUCCGUCUCCUACGUCACCACGCUGAGCUCCUUGGCCUUCCUCAUCCUGCUGGCCCUGUACCCCGUGGUGGAUGUCAAGGGUCUGUGGACCGGAGCCCCGUUCUUCUACCCAGGGAUGAACUCGAUCCUGGUGUAUGUGGGCCACGAGGUCUUCGCCAACUACUUCCCCUUCCAGUGGAAGCUGGGGGACCAGCAGUCACACAAGGAGCAUCUCGUGCAGAAUGUGGUCGCCACCGCCCUGUGGGUGCUCAUCGCCUACGUCCUCUAUAGGAAGAAGGUGUUCUGGAAGAUCUGAGGCCCCGGCUGAGAUGUGUUUCUGGCAGAACGACCGGGCCCCGGCGAUCACCGACAGGAGUCCUUGCUCAUGAAACGGAUGGGCUGUGUGUUCCCUGGUUAAGGGGGCCAUGCGGACGUGCUCAGGCUGGUUGACGGGGACACGGCUCGCCCACCUCUGCCUGUGUACGCGGAGCUCAAACAGCCAAACCGUCCUUGUCUUCUUCUCUCCAUCUGCCGUGUGAACGGAUGCCUCUGGAACUUCAUUCUAAGGAUGUGUGGUUGACUUUUUCACAAGGGGAUGGCCAGGCCACUGCUUCUGUGACGGAUAAAGCCACCUCAGGUCUGCUCUCACUGACCGCAUUUCCUGCAGAUUUGUCUUUCCACGCAUGUCCGCAGAGACAAGAGCACCAUCGCUGCCGUGUCUGACUGAAGCUCACUGGGUGUCAUGUACAGUAACAUAGUCUACUAUAUUUUGGUUACAUACAGUUUAAUAUUCCAAGAAAGUCCAAGUAAUAUCCUUUCAGAUCCGUAAGGUAUGGGUGGGCCCUAAAAAAUGCCUUUCCCUCAGAAGCCAUGUUCUGCAUUUCCCCACUUGAAAAGUAAGUGAAACUGUGGACGUGUGAUUCCCAGCCACCUUCACCAACAGUUACCUACUUAGGCACUUCCCCGAGCCCAUCACCUCCCCGUCUGUCUGCCCACCCACCUCCCACCCGUCUGUCUGUCUGUGUAUCUGGAGGGGAGGGGUCCCCAGAGCCAUCCUCCAUCUCUAGGAAGAGAGGAGCCCACACGCUCUGCCAUCCUCACCGGGCAGGUCCUCUCCAGCCCCAAGACCCAGUGGGGUGGAAGACAUCAGUGGCUUUCCUGAAAUCCUUAGGAGAGAUCGUUUUGUUACCGAAAACGCUUCAAAAUAAAUGAUAAGUUUAAAAAGC